AUGUCGUCCGAAGGGAAUGGCGCGGCGGUGACUUCGGCGCUGGAUAACACAACGAAACCAUGGUGCUCGCUUCCUGAAGGAGAUGACCUGUUCUCCCACGCCCACCAGACACUCCUGAAGGGCGCCGCACACCCGCUGGAAAGCGAAAGGAUGGGGAGAAACGACGACGAGGAGAAAGGGGUGAAAGAACGAAAGAGAAAGAGGCAAAAAGAAAGGAUUAGACACAUUCGAAGGACACAAGGGAAUUUGAACGUGUCUAUACAGUCCUGCGAUCCUCUAUUGGUGUCCUCAGAGCCGCUGGCAGCCACGCAGGAGGGGUUACCGCAACUGCCUUCCACUGGGCCGCCGGCAGGAGCUACAAAACUGCCUUCUAGAUCAUUACCAGGCGUCCCUCCGUUGCUGCCUCUCAGCCUAGCGCCCUCCAAACCCCCGCCCGCUUCCCCGUCACCCCCACCACGCCCACACACGCAUUCCCCAACACAGACGCCCCCACUCACUCGCUCCUUGCCCCUCUCCCCCACUCCCCUCACAUACUCCCCGUCACCCACACGCCAGCCUUCGCCGCCCACCUCCAGGCACACCACGCCCUCCGCCUCCCCAUCCUCCUCCCCGCCCUGUCUCACUCCCACCAUGGAGGACGCUGAAGAGGUGUGCGGAGUGUGCGGGGACGUGGCUCGCUCGCUGCACUUCGGGGGCCGCGCCUGUGACUCCUGCAAGGCCUUCUUCAGGAGAGCCGUGACCGGAGCCACUUUCCUCGGCUUCACCUGCACCAAGAGGACCCAGAGUGGUGAUCGUGACAGUGGUGGUGAUGGUGGUGGUGAUCUAUGCGUGGUGACCGUCAGGAAUAGAAAGGAGUGCCAAGCUUGUAGGUUCUCUCGGUGCCUGAGUGCCGGCAUGGAGGUGUCCCUGGUGAGUCGUGAGGACGAGGGGCCCCGAGGCUUGCCCCACACUCUGGCCCUCUACCGUCGCCUCUCCCGCCACGCCCACGCCCAAGGCAAGACCCAACACAGCGUCCCCUACCUACCCAGCUACUGGCGUGCCCCCUACGGUUCGGCCACGCCAGUGCUGACGCCCCGCCUGAAGGAGGAGCCGCGCUACUCCCCGACAGGAGGCGAGGCGGCUCAACAGGUGGAGUCCCUGCGCCUGGCCACCGCCCCACCUCUCCCCGCCCUCGCCUACACCCAGCUGAUGCGCCUCGACCCCGCCCACAGGCACGCCCACUCUUCCGCUGAGGCGAGUCAUGCUCUCCUCCAUGAUCCCAGCCUGGACGCUGCUCCCAGGCCCGCCCAGGAGCUUCCCGCCAGACACACCCACGAACGUGCCUCUCCACGUGGCCAUGCCCCCGCCCCCAGACACAGACAUCCCCCAACACACCGCCGCCUGUCCCCCGCUACCACACGAGCAGCCUUCAGGCAGGACCCACUCCAAGGACACCCGCCCUCAGCCCACCUGCCCACCCUGACCGGCCUCCCCUCCUCCUUGGGCACCGCCAACCUGCACAGGUGGCCAGGCACGGCAGCCACACCCUGGGGACCAGAUCCUACAGGCGACGGCGGCGGCGGCGGCGGUGGUGGUGGUGGUGAUGGUGAUGGAGGAGGAGGAGGUGGAGGUGGUCGCUCCGCCCAGAAAGAAACCACCGGCCCCCUCCAGGCUGGCCUCAGCGCCCAAGACCUGGCGGAGAUCAAGCAGCUGCAGGAGUCGUACGUGGGUGAGCAGGAGGCGGAGGGCGCGUCCCUGGAGCAGUGCGUGCCACGCUCUGAGCUGGGACGGCUGUACAUGUGCUUCAUCGAGCGGCGCGCCAAGUUCCUGGCCAGCACGCCCCUGUACGGCACCGUGGUGGCGGCGGAUAGGCCGCGACUGCUGCACGUGGCGGUGGCCAUGAGCACCUACUUCACCGGGGCGCACCACAUCGACACCUCGGACUAUUCGUGGCCUCAGCGGCGUGGCGCGGGGCGAGAGGGGCGUGAGGUGGCCGUGCUGGCCGCCAGCAGCAUCAGGCAGCUGCUGUCCCACCAGCAGUUCCUGCACGUCAUGAAAUUCUACACCACGUACAGCGAGGCGCUGGCUGACCAGACCAUCGCCGUGUUGAUGCAGGUCAUGUCGCUCUUCUAUCCCGAGGAGGGCCUCCAGGCGCCGCUGCCCGUGGAGGAGGGCCGCCUACACUACAUGGCGCUGCUCUCCCGCUACCUAGUGGCCUCCCAUGGCCCGAGGGAGGGAGCGCGCCGCCUGGCCACGCUGCUCACUAGCCAGCAGGAAGCCCGCCAGUUGGUGGACCUGCUGCGCCAGGUGGACCUGACGCCUCGCGAGCCUGGCGCCGACCUGGCCACCUCCAGGGCCAUGCUGCAGGACCGCAUGCAUCUUGUGUGCCAGGCGGCGCGUAGCGGUCACGCAAAGCGAGGAACCAAGGGCAGCACGGAGGGCUCGCGCACUCCUACGCCGCCCUCUCGCGGCGGCAGCAGCAGCCCCGAGGCAGGCGGCGGCACCGUGGAGCAGAUGGGCAGCAUCCUGAGCCGCCUGGCGCAGUGUGAAGAUCCCCACACCCUGGCGGAGGCGCGUCGCAUCCUGCCCGCACCGCUGCUGCAACGCUUCCUGCACCUAUUGCUGUCCCCCGCCCCGCGCACGCCAUUGCAGUGCACACCGCCCUCACCCUCGCCCUCGCCGCCCUCCCCGCAGUGCCGCAAACUGAGCAUCAUGCGCCAUGCCGGGGAGCCUCCGCCGCCCGCCGCCACUCACCGAUCCCUGCACCACCUUUCCGUCGCCCCCCACGCCCCAGAGCUGGCGGCGGAGUGACAAGCUGUGCAGAGUCCCGGCGUGGCCCUGCUGGUUCUGUGCAGGCUGUCCCAAGCCCCAGUUCUCAACAGCUUGUGUUGUGGCUUAGGGAAACACUCAGACACAGCAGCUGACAAGGAAAUUGUCGCCGUGGUGCUCUUGUUGUUGUUGUUGUUGUUGUUGUUGUUGUGCGCCAAGUUAAAGUGAACAACAGUGUGUGUGUGUGUGUGUGUGUGUGUGUGUGUGUGUGUGUGUGUGUGUGUGUUCGCCACAUGAAGGAGAAAGUACAAGGUUUACAGGUACAGUACAAGGUUAUAGGCGCCCAGGUAACACUCUACCUGUCCCCAUUCCCUCCCCCCCUACCAGUCCUACUUGCUGUCCACAAACCCUCCCAUCCAAAGGCCCCCCACCCCCCACAACCCUCCCUCUAACUCCACCCCUACCACCCACUACCCACCUUAUAACGCCUCCCCACCACCCACUACCCACCCUCUAACGGCCCACCACCACCCACUACCCACCCACCAACGCCUCCCACCACCCACUACCCACCUCCCCCCACUAACUGCUCACAAACUGCCCCUCCACCACCCCUCACAACUGCCCAGCUACCCGUCCAACCCCUCCCUUCCUAAAACCCCAACCCCUCCCCAAUUCGCCUCCCCUCUCUGUAUCAGGGGAGAGGGGGUGUAGAUGAUUAGUGAUGUUAUUCUUACAUACUACAUGCGUACACACACACACACACACACACACACACACACACACACACACACACACACAAACAAACAGAAA